GCAUGACCUUCAGUGGUGGUACAAAUCAGGGCUGCAAGCAAGCUGCCAAGCCCUGCUCAUUCCUUGUUAAGAAAAACAGCUGGAUCCAUUUCUAAUCAACACUUCCCAGCAUGACACCCCUGUGUCUCUGAAGGAGACCAGACCAGAGUUUGAAGCUUUCCCAAGACUUCCAGUAGACUUUGCAUGCAAAAGGAUACUUAGGUUGCCUUUGCACAAAUCUGGUUGACUUGACAGACGAAGGAGAAGAAAACAGGUGUGACUUUCACCUAAGAAGUCACACGAACAUACUCUGUGGUUAAACCACAUAAUGGAUGAUGGUUACCGAAAUAGCCCAAACCUCUACUGGGGAGCAAGGGAUAUAGCUGGAGAGGCAGCCAGGCAGUCCCGGACCCGAGGAAUGGAUGACUACAAGUACCAGGACAAUUACGAGGGCUAUGCCCCCAGCGAUGGCUAUUAUCGCGGCAAUGAGUCCUACCCAGAAGAAGAUGCACAGAGCGAUGUCACAGAAGGCCAUGAUGAGGAAGAUGAAAUCUAUGAGGGCGAAUACCAGGGCAUCCCUCACCCUGAUGAGGUCAGGGCCAAGCCGACCAAGAUGGCGCCCUCCCGGGCAGAUGGCCUUCGAGGCCAGGCAGACCUCAUGGCUGAGAGGAUGGAGGACGAGGAGCAGUUGGCCCACCAGUAUGAGACCAUCAUGGAGGAGUGUGGUCACGGCCGCUUUCAGUGGACCCUGUUUUUCGUCUUGGGUUUGGCCCUGAUGGCUGAUGGGGUGGAGGUGUUCGUGGUGAGUUUUGCCCUGCCCAGUGCAGAGAAGGACAUGUGUCUGUCUAGUGCCAAGAAAGGAAUGCUGGGGCUGAUAGUCUACUUGGGAAUGAUGGCAGGAGCCUUCAUCUUGGGUGGCCUGGCGGAUAAACUGGGGAGGAAGAGAGUUCUCAGCAUGUCGCUGGCCAUCAAUGCCUCCUUUGCCUCCCUGUCCUCCUUUGUUCAGGGAUACGGGGCCUUCCUCUUCUGCCGGCUCAUCUCUGGCAUAGGUAUUGGGGGUGCCCUGCCGAUUGUUUUUGCCUAUUUCUCUGAAUUCUUGUCUCGGGAGAAGCGAGGAGAGCACCUCAGCUGGCUGGGCAUCUUCUGGAUGACGGGAGGCAUCUACGCGUCCGCCAUGGCCUGGAGCAUCAUCCCACACUACGGCUGGGGCUUCAGCAUGGGGACCCAUUAUCAUUACCACAGCUGGAGAGUGUUUGUCAUUGUCUGCGCUCUGCCCUGCACUGUGUCCCUGGUGGCCCUGAAGUUCAUGCCAGAGAGCCCAAGAUUUCUGCUUGAGAUGGGCAAACACGACGAGGCCUGGAUGAUUCUCAAGAAAGUCCAUGACACCAACAUGAGGGCCAAGGGGACCCCGGAGAAGGUGUUCACGGUUUCCAACAUCAAAACUCCCAAGCAAAUGGAUGAAUUCAUUGAGAUCCAAAGUGCAACAGGAACUUGGUAUCAGCGCUGGCUGGUCAGAUUCAACACCAUUUUCAAGCAGGUCUGGGACAACGCUCUGUACUGUGUGAUGGGGCCCUACAGAAUGAACACACUGAUUCUGGCCGUGGUCUGGUUUACCAUGGCUUUAAGUUACUAUGGACUGACGGUCUGGUUCCCUGAUAUGAUCCGCUAUUUCCAAGAUGAAGAAUACAAGUCUAAGAUGAAGGUAUUUUUCGACGAGCACGUGUAUGGUGCCACAAUUAACUUCACCAUGGAAAACCAGAUUCACCAGCGUGGGAAACUUGUGAAUGAUAAGUUCACAAAGAUGUACUUUAAACAUGUGCUUUUUGAGGACACCUUCUUUGACGAGUGCUAUUUUGAAGAUGUUACAUCUACUGAUACCUAUUUCAAAAACUGCACCAUCGAAUCGACCAUCUUUUAUAACACAGACCUCUAUGAGCAUAAGUUCAUCAACUGUCGGUUUAUCAACUCCACCUUUCUGGAGCAGAAGGAGGGCUGCCACCUGGACGUGGAGCAGGACAAUGACUUCCUGAUUUACCUCGUCAGCUUCCUGGGCAGCCUGUCUGUCUUGCCUGGGAACAUCAUUUCUGCCCUUCUCAUGGACAGAAUCGGAAGGCUCAAAAUGAUCGGUGGCUCCAUGCUGAUCUCAGCAGUCUGCUGCUUCUUCCUGUUUUUUGGCAACAGUGAGUCUGCCAUGAUCGGCUGGCAGUGCCUGUUCUGUGGGACCAGCAUUGCGGCCUGGAACGCUCUGGAUGUGAUCACAGUGGAGCUGUAUCCCACCAACCAGAGGGCAACAGCCUUUGGCAUCCUCAAUGGAUUAUGCAAAUUUGGCGCCAUCCUGGGAAACACCAUCUUUGCUUCUUUUGUUGGGAUAACCAAAGUGGUCCCCAUCCUUCUGGCUGCUGCUUCUCUGGUGGGGGGUGGUCUGAUUGCUCUUCGACUGCCAGAGACUCGAGAACAAGUCCUGAUGUGA